AACUGGAACUGUCAUGGCGUGUUUUUAUUAUUGACAUAUAAAAAUAUCAAGUGGUGAUUUGUAACAAAUCAUCAUAUAUUUUGCACUAGUUUAUAAAUAUACAUAUAUACUAAUGGCGAUAACUUGCGAUACUGGGGAUUAAAAAAUGACAGUAAAUAUUUCCAAGCAGGAAUAAAAUUACCAGGAUGAAUUCUUAUACAUGGGAGCGUAUAACCUCCCUGGAGAAAAAAAAUUUGAAACUGUGUCGAUUGUGCGGUAAAAAUUCACAGAAUUACAUCGACGUACUCAAUAACGAAGGGACUGAAAAAAAAUUAUGUCUCAAAACACUUUCAUGCCUUCAAAUAAACAUAUCAGAUCAGGACAUUCUGCCGAAAAUAAUCUGCGUAAAUUGUUGUGAGAAACUAGAAAAUUUUUACGAAUUUUCAAAACAAGCUGCCGAAGUACAAACAUAUCUUAGUAAUAUUUAUCAACAUUCUGAAAGUGAAAUAAAUAUCGAUGACAAUAGAAUAAUAAUAAUAAAAUAUAAUCCUGUUGAUAUUGAUCAAGAGCAACAGGGAGCAGACGUUGUUAUUAAUUUGAAUCUCGAUCAAGGAGUUGAUCUCAAUGAUUUGAAUCAUGAACAAGUAAACAAAUUAAUCCAAGAACAAUUAAAUAAUUUAAAUCAACUGCAAUUAAUUAAUAAUUUAAACUCUGAAGUUAUCGACAAUUUGAGUCCAGUCGAGAUAAUAAAUAAUUUGCAUCAAGAUCAAUUGAUUGAUAACUUAAAUCCGGAGGGAAUAAUUAGCAAUUUGAGUCAAGAAAAAUUAUUGAAUAAUUUUAAUGAAGACGAGGAAGAAAUAAAUAAUUUGAAUGAAGAAUAUGAGAAGAUCAUAGAGCAAGUCAGUAGUGAAUUUAAUGAUUCUGUUGGUGAUAAUCAGCUGAGAGGUGAUAAUGCUGGUGAUGAUAAGGAAGAAGAAGAGAGAGAAGAGGAGAAGGAAGAAGACGACGAUGGAGAUGAAGGCAAUGAAGAAGAUGAAUUUGUCAAAUUAGAACGGGAGGAAAGAUUGAAAAAAUUGAAAGAAACUAAAGUCGUUACCAGUCGACUGACGAUAACUGAAGCUAUCCAAGGAUACCCUUGGAAAUGUACACUCUGUAACUCUGGAGUGAUGAAGUCUUACAAAGAUUUGCAGCAUCAUUACAAACAUAAGCAUGACGAGCCGGCUGUUUUCAAAUGCAUUCACUGCGCGAGGGAGUACAGUCGCUACAGGAGUUUCACUAAACACUUUCUGCUGCACGAGGACCCCAAAAGAUUCGAGUGCGACGAUUGCGGCAAAGUAUUUAAUUUAAAGUCGACUCUGCUGUCGCAUACGCUUGUGCACUCGGACAAACGUCCUUACUCCUGUUCCGUGUGUCGGAAGAGAUUCAAAAGCGCUCUGACUUUGGCGGUCCAUAAGAGACUCCAUCUGCCUCAGGAGGGUCGCGACCAGUUCACCUGCGAAAUCUGCAAGAAAGCCUUCUCAUCGAAAAAAGCGCUUGAGAAUCACGAAAAGAUGCACGAGGGCGUUUAUGAUUUCAUGUGUGACGUCUGUGGGAAAUCAUUUUUAUCAAAAAGCUCGCUGAGCUAUCAUUUGUCUAGUCAUACUUCUGAUAAAAAUCAUAUUUGUUCCACCUGCGGUCGUGCUUUCAGAACUGAAGGCCUCCUAAAAAAGCAUUCGGUAACACAUUCAGACAUUAAAAAACAUCGAUGUGAUACCUGUGGAAAACAAUUUAAAGAACGUUGUACUCUAGUCGCACAUACGAGAAUCCACACCGGGGAAAUGCCAUACGCAUGCGAGCACUGCGGCAAAAAAUUCCGUUUCGCUGGAAUUUUAACGGUCCAUCGAAGACAACACACUGGAGAACGGCCGUACAUUUGCACAUUUUGCAAGCGCACAUUCACCAACUGGGCGAAUUUAAACAAACAUAUGAAACGUGUCCACAACACAAAAGCCGGAGUUCUGAGAAGAAAUUAAUUUUAUUUAUUAAGUAAAUAAAGAAUGCCAGGAAUUAAUAACUAAGUAAAUAAGUGAGUAAUUAAAGGCUUUAUGUACUGCCGAGACUCGAUAGAAGACUUAAUUAAUUAAGGUAAUGUUUUUAUAUAUUUAUUACUAGACCAUAGUCAAGGUGGCCACAUUCUCAAUCGAACUCGAGCUCUUUAUAAAUAUUUAAUUACCGUUUAUUUUUCAAAUAUUUAUUGGUGGUAAUUAAUAAGGAGUUUAAAAAAAUUU